AAUAAAUAAAACACACACACACACAGAGUAAUGAUUUCACAAUAAAAGCCUGGUGUAAACGCUUCCUCUUCAUUACUCUGAUGACGUUCUUAUUAGCUGCUGCUAAUGUACACAACAUGAGCUAAAGGGGCGAUGAUGAUGUCACUGUGACAUCAUCAUCAGAGAGAGAGAGAGGGAGAGAGAGAGAGAGAGAGAGAGAGUGCACUCUAAACAGUGAGCUUCUCUCUUCACCUUCACUGAAGCUGUGGACUGGACUGGACUGUCUGUCUGUCUGUCUGUCUCUCUCUCUAACUGAUCAGUGAUCAGCUGAGUUGAGGUCAGAGGUCACGUGUUUCUGUGUCCUCAGGUGAGGACGUGAUAUCUGUGUGGACUUAAUCUCUUCUUCUUCUUCUUCUUCUGUCGGAACCGUGUUUAAUUUCCUCCAUCUUUAUCAUCAUCAUCAUCGUCUUCAUCACGAUGUGUCCUCUGGUCUCGCGGGUUGUCCUCGCGCUCCUGUGUGUGUGGGCGUACCUGUGCCGUGGACAGUGCGCGCUCCUGAGGACAGACACGAGCUCUGAGCGGAGGACAGUGGACAAACAUCACGAGGACACGCUGACGGAACACAUGCAGCUGCUUUAUGACAAAUACACGCGCGCGGGCUUUUCCUUCAGAGACGGAAACACGGUCCGGAGCUUCAAAGCACACCGCGGUUCCGUGGACAGGAAGCAGCUGCAGAUCUUUAAUCUCACGUCCCUCACUAAGUCUGAGGACGUCCUCUCAGCCACGCUUCAUUUCUACGUCACAGAUCUUCGCAAGGCCACACGGGGGGGCCGCGGUCACCGCAGCCCGCGGGGACACACCCACGUCCAUGUGGUGAUCUGGAGCUUCGGCUCCGUGGCCGACGAGCCGCGGACACUGGGACAGUUCCACGUGAACGUGUCCACGCCCCACAGAGGCGGGGUCUCGUGGCAGUGGAAGGACAUCACGCGCGCGCUCACCGAGGCCAAACAUCGCGGCGAGCUGCUGAUCGGCAUCGACGUGAAGAAGAAUCUGCCGUUGCGGCGCUCGCCGUACAUCCUCGUCUACGCCAACGACUCGUCCGUUUCUGAACCCGAGAGUGUGGUCGCCACAUUGCAAAGACACCGUGCAGUGGGCGGAGACUCCCUUGGCUCCGCCCCACACAGUUUCCUCAGACUGGGUGAGCGGAACCAGACGCGGCGCAGACGCUCGGUCGACGUUCUGCUCCCGUUACAAAACAACGAGCUCCCCGGACCCGAGUAUCCGUACGAGACGGCGGGCUGGGACGAGUCCGGUCCUUAUCGACCGCUCCAGAACAAACGGGGGCGGCGACCGCGGAAGAAGACGCGCAAGAAUCAGCGGCACAAGGUUCCUCUGCUGCAGUUUGACGAGCACACGAUUAACACGGCGAGAAAGAAGCAGUGGAACGAGCCGAGGAACUGCGCGCGCCGACACCUGAAGGUGGACUUCGCCGACAUCGGCUGGAGCGAGUGGAUUAUUUCACCUGAGUCGUUUGAAGCCUUCUACUGCUCUGGAUCCUGUCAGUUCCCCAUGCCCAAGUCUCUGAAGCCGUCGAAUCACGCCACCAUCCAGAGCAUCGUGCGAGCGGUGGGCGUGGUCCCGGGGAUCCCUGAGCCGUGCUGCGUCCCGGAGACGAUGUCCUCGCUGAGCAUCCUCUUCUUUGACGAGGACAAGAACGUGGUGUUGAAGGUUUAUCCAAACAUGACGGUGGAUUCCUGCGCCUGCAGAUAGUUUCACGUUUCCUUUAACUCCUCCUCCUGCUUCACAUCACUGGGGGUGGGCGGAGCCUGGUGUUAAUGCUAAAAAGGAUGCUGCUCACAGGUCACGUGACUUUUUCUCGUGGACGUUAAAGAGGAAGAUUAAAUAUCCGUGAUGUGAUAAAA